UUUUUCGACAGUAGUUAAAUUUAAUUGUCUGAUUAACGUAUUCAAAUUGAUAGAAACGACAAACAUGAAAACAUUUACUUUGCUUGCCUUUGUGUGUUUGGUGUCUUGUGUAUGGGGAGAUACUAUACAGUUGGAACCAUCAGAGGGAAUUUUAAUACCAGCACCAGUUGCUGAAUCAUUACGUUUUGCUCGUUCAGCCUAUGGUGGAUAUUCGGCUGCUCCAGCAUAUGCGCCACCUGCUCCUCCUUCAUAUGCAGCACCAGCUGCACCAUCGUAUGCGGCUCCAGCUGCUCCUUCAUAUGCAACACCUGCUGCUCCAUCAUAUGCUGCUCCAGCAGCUCCUUCAUAUGCAGCACCUGCUGCUCCAUCUUAUGCUGCUCCUGCUGCACCCUCUUACUCAAAACCUUCGGCUCCUUCAUAUUCAGCACCAGCUGCUCCUUCAUAUUCCGCGCCAGCUGCUCCCUCAUAUUCUGCACCAGCUGCUCCCUCAUAUUCUGCACCUGCUGCUCCCUCAUAUUCCGCACCAGCUGCUCCCUCAUAUUCCGCACCAGCCGCUCCAUCAUAUUCAAAACCAGCAGCUCCUUCUUAUUCGGCUCCUGCUGCACCAUCUUACUCAUCGCCUUCAUAUUCGAAACCAGCUGCUCCUUCAUACUCAAAACCAGCUGCCCCUUCCUACUCAGCUCCAGCUGCCCCUUCCUACUCAGCACCUGCUGCGCCUUCUUACUCAGCUCCUGCUGCUCCUUCCUACUCAGCUCCUGCCGCUCCAUCAUACUCAAAACCAGCUGGUCCACCUGCAUACUCACAACCUUCAUAUUCUUUGGCAUCACCAUCUCCUUCUUAUGCAGCUCCAGCACCAGCUCCUGCCUAUUCCAAACCAGCCGCCCCGGCUCCAGCUUAUUCUGCUCCAGCCCAUGCACCUUCUUACAAACCAGCCGGAAUACCAGCACCACCAUGUCCCAAAAACUAUUUGUUCAGUUGUCAACCCAAAUUGGCACCAGUUCCUUGCGCUGCUCCUGCUGCUUCCUAUUCUGGUGCUUACUCUCACUAUGUGCCACAAUACGCCAUUCCAGUUGUCAAGGAAUUGUAUUGAGAAUCUUAUUGUUAAUCAUCGGCUUUAGACAAAUAAUUCAAUUUAAAUUUAAGAUUAAUAAAGUGCAUUU